AUGCUCCACGACUGCCCGCCUGCCCGCCCCCCACGUGUCGAAGGCACGUGCAGUGCACGUGACAGUGCCACAGUUCGCACAGCCACAGCUGCUGCCACAACUGCCAGUGCCACGGCUACAAAUAGCACCACAGUUCGCACAGCCACGUGCUCGCCGCCAUCUUCAUCUUCUCCAAGGCCAUUGGAAAUCGUGGCCAGGCCGCCCCUAAAACGCGAAAGUCAGCGCCAACGCGAAAACUCGGAGACUCAUCUGCCGAAAACGGUGCCAGGUGUCACGAAUUUGGGCGACACAAAUUCCGGUGUCACUAAUGCAAAUGCAAAUGCCACAAACUCAAAACCUCACAAGAUCAUUAGUCCUUCCAAUCUAAUGAAUUCCAAGAUUAACAAGAAAUUCCAAGAUUUACCAGAUAAUCUUACACUUAAUGGAACCACUCCAAGUGGUAAAUUACGACUCUUUCUUUGUGAUUUUUGCAAAAGAGCAUUUGCUCGUCAAGAACAUCUGACUCGUCAUAAACGAUCUCAUACAAAUGAAAAACCAUUUCUUUGUAAUUUAUGUUUUAAAAAUUUCACUCGUAGAGAUUUAUUAAUUAGACAUGCUCAAAAGAUUCAUGGAGGUGAUAUAGGUCAAUCAUACAAGAGACGUUCCACAACUGCUUCCAAAAAUUCUAAAUCUACAAAGAGUAAAAAUAGAAAAACAACAACUUCAAAUUUGAAAGUUGAUACGAAGAUUCAAAUUCGACCUGCCAUAACUGCUAGUACGACUGCGAGUGCGACUACAGCUUCAACAAAUUCAUCAUCUCAAAAUGAUUAUCCAAACUGUCUCUCUAAUGGCUCUACCAUUUCUCAAGAGGCUACUGAUUCAGCUCAAAGUUCUUUGGAUUUAGAAAAUUUUUCUCUUGGCGAUCCACUUUUCACAAGAAGAGCUUCGUUUAGUGCUCAAACUGGUGGUAAUUACGUGGCUCAAUUGAAUGAAUAUUGGAAAAAUCCCAAUUCCAAUAUCAAUACAAACAAAACCACAACCACAAAUGCCAAUGCCAAUACAAUUGUUAAUCCACCUGACUUAGAUACUACUACUGCAAAUAACAUCAACGUAUCAACUCAAUUUAAUGAAUAUUCUAAUGAAUUUAAUAAUAUCCAAUUUUCUACUCCUCAAUUAUCUCCCAUCGAUUACGUCAAGGAAAAUAUUUUGUUGUCAUAUGAAUUAUUUUCAGAUUUACCUGAUAAUAAACAAAAAUAUAACAAUACAAAUAAUAGAACAAAUAUUAAAACUUUAUUUAAAAAUAAUUACAAGAAUAAUUUAGAAUUAGAUCCAUUCACUACUAAUUGGUUAAAUAAAGUGGCUACCACAAACACUACAACGAAACCAAACAAUUACACUACCACUACUACUGCUACUGCUACAAAUCAAAUAUCUUCUUCAAGUUCAAGUUUGGAUACUUUUUUCGAUAUAAUAAAUUCAAAUUCAAUUUUGUUUAAUAAUAAUGAUUUUUCUAUAUCUCCAGAAUCAAAUUUACAAAAUACAAACAAUGACACUACUACCAUUACGAACGAUAAUAACAAUAACAAUAUCGAUAACAACAACAACAACAACAACAACAACAACAACAACAAUAAUAAUAACAUACAAUUACCUCUUGAUCUACCAAAUUCAUUUAUUCAAAAUUUCUUAUCAGAUUAUGAAAAUACAAAUAUAAUGAAUUCUUAUUCAUUUUAUGGUGUAGAAUCACCAACCUUUAAUGAUCAAACUAUAAUUUUAAAUUCAAAUUCAUUCAACAACAAUAACUUUACCAAUAACAAUACCAAUAAUAACAUAACAUUUUUCAAUAAAAGACUUCAUGAUAUGGCAAAUAUUGCAUUAAAUUACUAUUCCAUGGUUUAUUCGACUAAUAAUCAGCAUAAUACUACAACCACUACCACUUCUAAUGAAAAUAACGAACAUUUAAAACAUUUAGUCUUGCCUGAUUUACAAGAUUUAAAUGACUACUUAUUACAAUUCAAAACUCAUUUCUUAUCUCAUCAUCCUUUCAUUAAUCCAAGCCUAUUAAAAAUGGAUUUAGAUUCUUUUAUUAAUUAUAUUCAUGAAGAUAAUGAUAAUCAAAUUUCUUCCUCACCUUCUUCUUUGUCUCAAGAUAGUUUGGAUGAAGAUUUCAAAUAUUCAAAUAUUGUCAUCUUACCUUUAUUCAUGUGUGCAUUCGGUUCAUUGUUUAAAAGAGGUUGUGAUAAUACUACUGUGGAAUUAUAUGAAAUCAGCAGAAGAAUAUUGCAUGUCUAUUUAGAGAUUAGAAAAUUCAAAACUCAAAAUAAAGAUUCAAGUCAAAAUCAUAAUCAUCUUUGGUUAGCACAAUCUUUAAUUUUAAGUGUCACUUUUUCAUUUUUCGCUGAAAAGACAAAAUCUAAAAAUACUGAUAUUAUGAUAAAACAAUUAUCAGCGGUUUGUUCUGUUAUAAAAGUUAAUUUUUUAUCUUCAAUUACUUUUAAUAAUGAAAAUUGUAAUAUUAUUAAAAAUUUUAAUUCAACUUUCCAAUUCUUAAUUUUUGAAUCUAAAAUUAGAAGUUUUCUGUUAAUUUACAAGAUUUGUAAUUUUUUAAAAAUUUUUUUCAAUAUUAAGUUAACAAAUGAAAAUUCUUUAUUAUUAGAUACUGAUAUUGAAAAUAUUUUUAUUCCCAUAGAUGAAAAUUUUUGGAAUCAAUUAUCUUUUACAAAUAAUAAUUUCUUAAAUAAUGAGAUUUUAACAAAAAAAAUUAAACCAAUUAGUUUUAAAAAAUUAUAUCAAAGUUAUUUUUUAAAUAAUAGAGGUUUAACUUCAAUCCCACAAUCAUUAGGAACUUGUCUUUUAUUUUAUGAAUAUAAUUUGAAUGGAUUUUCUGUAUUUUUAGGUAAAGUAAAAGAUUCCAAAUUAGAGGAAAAUUUACAAAGACAACCAUCUUUAACUUUUUUCGAUCCUUUAAUAGAUUAUACUUUAGAUCCAAUUUUAACUUCCACUACUUUAAAUCAAGAUACAAUUAUUUUAAGAAAUGGAUUAAUGACAAUGAGUUUUUUCCAAAAAUUUUUACCAGGUAUUACUGAAAUUAUUAGAAACCAUAAACUUUAUGAAAUUUAUUAUAAUUUUUUAAAUCCUAAAAAAUUUAAUAUUAUUAAAAUGGAUUCUUCUUCUUUUUCAUUUUUAAAUGAUUUCUUAGUGGCUGUUAAAUAUUCAAUUAAAAAUAUUAUGGGAUUAUUUAAAAUUGAUCAAAAUUUAGCUUCAAAAGAAUUAAUAGAAUAUAAAUUAUCAGUUUUAAAUGUUCAAUAUUAUUAUUUCAAUUUCUUAAUUAUAAUUAAAUUUCUUUUAGAUUUUGAACAAAAUCCAAAUUUUAAAUUAUUAUUUAUAUUUAUUGAAUUGAAAAAAUUCGCCAAUGAUAUUUUAAUUCCAUUUUUAUCAAAAACUUAUCCAAAUGAUUUUGAUUAUUUUAAUUCUACAAUUAAUAGGGAUACAAAUACUACUACUAAUAAUACUAAUUCAGAAAAUCAACCAAUUAAUUUAAAUACCGAUAAACUUUGUGAGUUAAUUGAUAAUGUUCUUUUAAAUUCAUUUAAUGACUCUUCCUUUUUAGACAUGCACACGGAACAAAGUCAUGUAGAUAUCAGCAAUAUUUGGAAUACUCCAAUAACUUCAUCAGAUUCAAUGGGAUCUCAAUCUCCAAAUAUUUUAAAUAUUAAUGAUUUUUCAUCUCAAUUAUUUGGAAAUUCAAAUUUAGAAAAUAAAAUUUCUAAAUUUAAAAAUGAUAAUUAUUCCAUGGGAAAUAAUUUUAAAAAAAGAUAUCAAUUAUCAGGUAAAUAUAUUGUUAUUACAAGCACACUUUUGAAAAGAGUCUCCGAACAUUUUGUUAAUUGUCAUCUUUUAAAGAGAAUGGAACUUGAUUUCCUUCAACUGGGUGAAUUUUGGAAAAAUGAAAAUUAA